AUGUCAUCAAAAAAGCAGAUUAACUUACUGAGAGGCUGGCCAAACCCCUCCCUUCUCCCCACACCCCUCAUCUCCGCUGCAUCAACUACAGCGCUCUCGAACCCAGACAUCUCCAUCCCUGGCCUGCUCUAUGGCCCAGAUUCAGGGUAUCAGCCGCUCAGAGAAGAGAUCUCUCGCUGGAUGACGCGCUUUUACGUCUCUACCCCUCGACGUCCGCCAACGAUCCCGUAUCCUGAGGGAUGGAACACGUUUGUGGGAGAAGAGGAGAGGAAUGCGGACAGGAUAUGCAUCACAGGCGGCGCGUCGCAGAGUCUGGCUUGUGUGCUGCAGGUUUUCAGUGAUCCGGUGAAGACGAGGGUGUGGAUGGUUGCUCCUUGUUACUUUCUUGCGUGUCGGAUUUUUGGGGAUAGCGGGUUGGAGAUUAGGGCUGUUGGGGAGGGGAGCGAAGGCGUGGAUUUGGGGGCGUUGGAGAGAGGGUUGAGGCAAAGUGGGGAGGAAGGGGAGAAGAAGCCCCUCAAACAACCAAGACCAUGGUCAAAAAUCUACCGGAAUAUCAUUUACUGCGUUCCCACAUUCUCAAAUCCAUCAGGGAAGACGAUGUCUCCCUUCUGUCGGCAGAACCUCGUUCAGCUUGCUCGAAAAUACGAUGCCUUGAUCAUCACAGAUGAUGUCUACGAUUUUCUUCAAUGGCCUACCUCUUCCGCUUCUUCGACGACAUCACUAUCGAAAGCAAUAAUACCUCGCCUGGUUGAUGUCGAUCGAACACUGGAACCAGUGCCAGGACCCGACAGCUUCGGCAACGCCAUGUCCAACGGCUCGUUCUCCAAGAUCGUUGGCCCCGGUGUGAGAACCGGCUGGGCGGAAGCUACUCCAAAAUUGAUAUAUGGGUUGUCGCAGUGUGGAUCCUCGAGAUCCGGGGGAGCGCCGAGUCAGCUUGUUGCUACGAUGAUGGCCGAGUUACUGAGGAGUGGUGAGUUGGAGAGGCAUAUAAAGGAGGUACUAAACCCUGCUUAUGAGAAAAGGUAUGGGAUUAUGACACGAGCUAUCCGGCAACACCUGGUGCCGCUAGAAAUCAAGCAGGGGGAAGUCACUGCUGAUGGGAAAGAUAUCUUUGGGGGCUAUUUUCUUUGGCUGGAAUUGCCCAGGGAUGUCAGCGCUAAGGUCGUGGCGGAUAGAGCCAAGGUGGAGGAGAAUCUGAUUGUGGCUCCGGGAUAUAUUUUCGAGGUUGAGAAUGAUCCGAGUAUCAAGUUUCAGAAUUCUAUCAGGUUGUGCUUUUCUUGGGAAGAGGAGGCAGAUUUGGAAGAUGGUAUUGAGAGGUUGGCGAGAGUGGUGAGGAAUGUGAGGGAUGGUAUGCCCCCUGAGAUGAAAGGGGAGGGAUUGGGAGAGAAUGGGACCAAGGGGGAAAUAGGAGAGUUUCAAUGA